AUGAGAGCAGCUGAGGUGGAGCAAGGUGAGCUGGAAUGUAACAGUGAAAAAGCAGCUGGAGAGGAGGGAGGAAAAGGACUGACAGUUGUCCAAGAGAAGGGAAUGAGCACUAAAGUUGAGGAGAAUAAUUCUAAGAAUAGUACUGAAAGCUUCUCCAUUUUGCUUUGCAAAAUCAGACUUGUUCCUCUAGAGCUAUCAUUGGUACAGAGCAGUACUUUCCUUGGCUUAACAGUCACCAUGCCUAUCACUAGGUCUUCCUCAGACUCAGCUCAUCUAGGAAACACUGAGAUCAAAAAGCUUGAGCAAACUAUGAAAUCAUUGCUGCAGGAUCAGGGUAGGAAGUUGGAUAAUGCGUGCAGAACCAACAGCCUCAAUAUUGAUAAGAACUGUAAGUCGAUUUCUGAGCUCAAUGAUCUUAUGCUAGGUCUACCUGUUCAGAUUACUAAGUUGAUAUCUAAUGGCAAUAAUAUACCUAGAUCUGGCUUAGAAACUCAUGAACCAGAACCCCCACCUAAACACUCUCAGUACUUAACUAGACUAACUAAGGUGGAAUUCCCAAAAUUUAAUGGUUUAGAUCUGAAAUCAUGGAUUUUUAAGUGUAAUCAAUUCUUUGACCUGGAUAGUGUGAAGGAUUUUGAUAAAGAUAUAACAGCUAGGUUUGGGGAUCUCUAUGAUGAUCCAAUGGCAGAUCUAAAAUCCCUAAAACAGACAGGUAGUGUACAAGAAUAUCAUGAUUCCUUUGAUGCACUAGCUAGCAGAAUUGAGUUAUCUGAGCCCUAUUUACUUAGUUGCUACCUAGCUGGCCUGGAGGAGGAGGUUCAACUUGCAGUAAGAAUGUUCAAUUCCACCACCCUUCAACAAGCUUUGUGCUUAGCUAAACUGCAGGAAGCUGCUAGUAAGGCUAAGAAACCCAAACCAUCAACCCCACUCCAAAAACAACCACCCUUAUUGCCCACCCCACCUCAAACACUCAAAACAGCCACCCAAACCUUCAAAACCAAUAACCAGAUUCAACCUUAUACACCAAACAAAUCAUUCACAAAUCCAACCACCACCUCAAAAAUCCCAAACACCAAUAGAAGAACCCUAACCUCAGCUAAAUUUACUGACAAAAGAGCCAAAAACCAAUGUUUUUGGUGUGAUGAGAGGUAUGAACUAGGACACAAAUGCAAGGGUAAGAAGCCACAACUUUACCACAUUGAGGUGGAGGAAGUAGAAGAAGAAGAUGAGGUGCUAGAAGAAGAAACACAGGAAGGUUCACAAUGUGCACACAUCUCUGUUCAAGCUAUGGAUGGAGUUGCUUCUUUCCUGACAAUGAGAGUGGAAGGGCAUCAUGGGAAGAAAAAAUUACAGCUUCUCUUGGAUAGUGGCAUCACCCACAAUUUUAUAGAUGCCAACAAGGCAUUGAAACUUGAUUGCAAGGUGGAGAGUAUCACACCACUCUGGGUUAAGGUAGAAGAUGGUAAUCAACUCAAAUGUGAGCAGAUUAUUCAUGGUUUCAAAUGGAAGAUGCAAGGGAUUGCAUUUUCUGCAGAUGUCUUUUUACUACCUUUGAGUGGUAGUGACCUAGUUUUGGGCAUUCAAUGGUUUUCUCAACUAGGUCCUGUACUUAAGGAUUUUGGUAAACUCACCAUGGAGUUUAAAUAUAGUGGCAAGAAAGUUAAGCUCAGAGGUUCAUCACCUAAGAGUUGGAAAAUUGUUUUACCUCAGAAAUUGCAGAAGCUCUUAGCUCAAGAAGGAACUCUGUCAAUGAUGCAAAUUCUGCAAGGGAGUGUGGAGUAUUCACCUUUUGAGAUGGUUUUUCAACCCAUUCAAGGGUUACCACCACCAAGGGAGGGGUUUGAUCAUGUCAUUCCCCUAAAGGAAGGGACAAAUGCCAUCAACUUAAGAGCUUACAGGUAUCCAGCUAUGCAGAAAAAUGUAAUUGAAGAGAUGGUGCAGGAGCUGCUUGCGCAAGGGGUUAUAAGACCUAGCAACAGCCCAUUUGCCUCCCCAAUUGUGCUAGUGAAGAAAAAAGAUGGAGGAUGGGGAAUAAUGAACCCAAGUGACAUACAGAAGACUGCUUUCAAGACUCACUCUGGUCACUUUGAGUAUUUGGAAGAGUGUUCUUGUCUUUUAUAUGACAUUCUGGUCUACAAUCCAUCUUGGGUUGCUCACCUCAAGGAUUUGGAAGCUGUCUUGAGCAUAAUGAAGAAUAAUCAGCUACAUGCCAACCUCAAAAAGUGUUCUUUUGGAUUGACUGAAAUCCAUUACCUAGGGCAUGUAAUCUCUCAAUAUGGGGUAGCAACUGACCCAAAAAAGGUGCAGGCAAUGUUAGAAUGGCGUAGACCAAAAACACUCAAGCACCUAAGAGGUUUUCUUGGGUUAACUGGCUACUAUAAAAGGUUUAUAAAGGAUUAUGGCAUAAUCUAUAAACCUCUCACCUCACUUUUGAAAAAAGACAACUUCACAUGGACUGAGGAUGCUGAAAACUCAUUUAACCAGCUCAAGACUGUCAUCACCACACCCCCAGUCCUUGCCAUGCCAGAUUUUUCUAAACCUUUCAUUAUAGAGACAGAUACCUCGGGCAAGGGAAUCGGUGCAGUUUUACUCCAAGAAGGACAUCCUGUCAGCUUCUUAAGUAAAGCUCUUAAGUGA